AACAAAUUCAUAUUUAUAUGUAUUUUAUUCCCUACUGAUAUGUAAAAAGUAGAACAUUGAUCUUCAUUAAACAAUAUGAAAUUGAGAGUGAGAUAACCAAGAAGAGUUUUGUAUAACAAGGAGACAACGUUUGUUUAUUAAAACAUGUCAUUAUAUCGAAAUUGGGCUUCUCUGACCAGUAUAGAUCUUCCUUGGAAAAGAUUUGUCAAGGAAUCCUGUGGUGCUCCACAAGCACCUUUCGAGAGUUUUCGAUCAGAGUUAAACUUCACAGGCGAGGAAGCUAAGACUGCUUAUGAAGAGAUAAUUAGUAAAGAGAGCGCAGUUGAGCCAGGAAAGAUAAUAAAUUAUAAUAAAAAGGUGGUGAAACCUACAAUUAAAUCUAAUCAACAAUCAAAUAGCAAUAUUAAAGUAACAGCAAACUCGAUACUCAAAGCUGUGGAGCAGCAAGACGUACAGUUUCUGAAGAAGCACUUGAAUACUGAAAAUGUUAAUAUCUCUGAUGACUUUGGAUGGACUCCGUUAAUGUGUGCAGCUUAUUGUGGUCAUUUGGAAAUUAUAAAAUUGCUUUUAAAAUUAGGAGCAAAUAGAAAAGCAAGAGAAAAAUCAGGAUUAACAGCUGCUCAACUAGCACUAAAAAAAAACUAUUUAAAUAUUGUUGCAUUACUGAGAAAGAAGAACUAUCAAGAAGAAAAUUGGUCAGUACCAAUGAAAGUCAUGACUGAUUUGGAAAGUUGUAUGGCAAAACACGAGUUGGGUGAAGAAGGGAUUAUUGAUAAAAUGGAUGAAUUUUAUUGCACAGUAUGUAAAGCAACCUUUAAAGAAAGUUCUAUAAAACAACAUGAAUCUUCGACACUUCAUAUUUUUAAUACAAAACCCAAGUUGCCUGGUGCCGUAUAUGGAAUAUCAAAAUUGAAUAAGGGUUAUCAGAUGCUGUUAGAUUCUGGAUGGGACGAGGAUUCAGGGCUUGGACCUUCUGGAGAAGGUGCCAAGUAUCCAGUAAAGACUGUUUUAAAAAAGGAUCGCAAAGGAAUUGGACUGAUGGAUCAGCAGAAGAAAAUGCUCGAGUUUCUUGAGUGCAUCGAGGCUAAAGCUGGAGAGAUUUUAACAGACCGCCAAGAAGUCAUCGCCUUGGACAGAAGAAGAAAUGAAAACAGAGUUGGGCUUCGUGCUGUACAAAAAGAUAAAAAUGAAAAAACCUGGAUGGCUGUUGGAUCAUUACUAAUAAAGUUUCCUAAGAAAACUGCUGAGGAUUUACUAACCAGAGACCUGAAGGAAUGCGAUAUUGGGAUUAAUAAAAUCAGGAGCGAUCUCAAGAUCAAAGUGAAUGAAUUACGAGAUCUUGAACACAAUCCUCCUGUUCCAGGAUUAAUGUUACAGCCUCUGAACCGCGGUGAAAUGGAUGCGUUUAAUCAAAUAGUAGGAAAGGGUCUUUGACUUCGUCAAAACGCACAGCUAACACCAAUUACCAAUAAUUAUAGAAGAAUUGCCUUUGUAAUUUCAUAUAAAAUAUAAAAUCUUUUAUCCACACAGAUACAGUAGGUCAAUAAAUAAAUAUAAUAUAGAUAAA